AUGACAACAGAACAUUCUCAUGUCUCUGGAAACCCAUAUAGUCUUCAGCCGGGGCAGUGGGCUCCGCCUCGUGCACCUUUACCCCCGCAUCGUCUUGCGAAGAUCGCUAAUGCCCUGGGAGUCUCUAUACCUUCUCCCGCAGGACCUAAUUCUUCAUCUUCAUACUUGUCUGCUUCCUUUCCUGGUGCAUCUCCCACCAUAAGUCAUACUGAUCUUCCCUGGCGCGUGACGACACCGUCUACUGCAUCUACUCAUCAUGUUGGAUCAUUUGCGUCUUCAUCUCAGUCCAAGUUCCUGCUCCAUAUCAUACCACCUCUUCACCUCCUUCACGACUUCGAUGCGUCCGACCCAUUGGAGCCUGCGCCUCCUCCUAAUGCAUCAGGGUAUCACACACAGUUCCGACGCGGCACCCUCGUCUCUCUGCAGCCCUCGCUGCAUGCGCAACUUAAUGCAAUUGCCAAAGAAUACGCAUUACCUAGCACAAUCGGCCUCAUCCUGUACCUUAUUACCACUUCCCCACAGAGCCGCCAGAACAGUCCGAUGCCUUAUGCCACCCCUAAUUCAGGAAACGAGGACGCAGAGGAACCAGGUCCACGCAUCUCCGAAGAAAUCUGGAAACAUAUCUGGGGUCGGGUUCUGAAAGCUGAGCGUGAAGAAUCUCUCGCACUUUCGCGGGGACAAGGCUCUAGUCCGUUUGGUCUGGGCCAGCCCAACUUACGCCCUUUGGUCACCCCCACACGGACGGAAACGCCGCAACCGCAACCUAUCACGUACCCAAUUACUCCAUCGUCUACCACGUCUUCAGUAUCCGAUCUUCGGUCUCACUCUAAAUCUACCCCUCUAUCAUCCUCAUCACUGACACACUCAGAACCAGAUACCCCAGAUACCUCCCAUUCUUCUGAUCACGACAUACUUGGCAUUGGCCUCCCAGGUCUUAAUUCACCCUCUAUAAUACCUAUACUUGCGAAAGUGGAGUUCGAUAUUGAUCGACGGAGAGCAGCGUGGUACGAGCCAUGGUUGCGUGGCCGUCGAAUGACCCAUGCUAAACGUGCCGAGAGUCGUCAAAGUAAUCAAUCACAUUCUCAACCACAUGCGGAAGGAGAUGGGGAUGAGAAACGUGUGCCAUUCGAUCUAAAAUUAGUGGAGAGGAUGCAGAAUGCAAGCUCUGUGCCCAGCUUUACUGCGUCACUGUCUUCAAGGGAGGAGGGUGGCACUGGUUGGUAUGCACCCCUGCCAGAUCAUACGGACGAACCACUUGAAGAAGACACAACAAGGGAAGAGGGUACUGACAUCUGUCAUCAUGAUCCUCUUGUGGACAUCUUCGGCAGUGAUGCAGACACCUGGGCUGAGAUGCGCACUGAAUCGCAGGGCAAUCAGUCCGAGGUCAAUCCAAAUAUAGUCGAGCUUGCAUUGGAUGUAUCCUCAAUCACUGCCAUGCCUGAACAGGAACAAGCGGGAGAUGAGGUGGAUGAUCCGCAAGAGGUUUGGGAUAUCAUGCGCAGGAUGUCAAAGCCCACGUUGACCUUGUCGAUACCAUCUUCACCGAGCUCGCAGCAACUGUCGUCACCCCCCGCAGGAAGUGCUAAGAAAUCACCUCCCCAUCCUUUAGUCCUUGCUCCCAACGACACAAGAAAUAGCCUCGUCCUGCAUACUGGACCGAGCCCGAUCCUAUCAUUCUCCAGUAGGGAUGACAGUACGAAUCCGCCUUAUGAGCAUGCAAGUUCAAGAGGGACGCCGGUCGAGGAUGAGACAGGUGACGAUGAUGAAGUCUCUCUGGACAUGGACCAAGAAUAUAUGCGAUCACGGAGUCCUGAAGAAAAGCGCGGCGGCGCAGUUUUUGAGGACCUCAAUCUUGGUUUAGAUCUGGGAGAUGAAGACGAAGAAUACGACGAGAAUGAUCCGAAUGAUCAACGCAGAAGCCAAUAUCUCAUGAGAGCCAAACUUGACGAGAUUGAACGGACUUUGGCACAGUUUUCUCCGAGACACAUCAAAACGGAUGACUUGGACCAAGAUAUUACGAUAACUCAUGCCCGAACGAAGUCGCUUCUCGCACUUCAUGCAGAAGGAACUUCGAAAUUAUCGGUUGAUCGUACACGUGACUUUCAGGCGACAGGAAACUCUAUCGAUCAUGCCGAUGCAAGCGACAAAUCGUGGCCUGCUAUCUCCUACUCAUCUAUCACUAAUAAUUCAUCACAAUCUCCAAGCUCCCAAUCACAUCGGCCUUCAAAUCUCAGUCCGUCACCACCUCAGCUUGCUAUCAACGGUGUGUCAACAGGUGCCCCAAAAUCAUUCGCUCCACCCUCGCGGUCUUCAUCACCAAAUACUCUCUCCACAGAGACCAAGAUUCGCAAACGAGAUUUGGAGCCGUCCAUGUACCCAACACCCUUGCCCCCUUCAUUUAGAAGGCUAUCGGAUACGGCGACUGACUCCCCCAUUCCGUUGUCUCCUGAUCCUUUUGGUCGUUACCCCUCUUAUCUCGAGUCAGAGGCACACUCCACCCCGACUUAUUGGGAUCCUGCAACUGGGCAAUUCACCAGUAUUCCUGUCGAAUCCAGACCAUCUUUGUCAUCUGUGGAUGAGGGUUCUGUUGCUUCUACAACACCCUCUAGCCGAUUCUCUGCUGAUUCAGAAAGUUUCUCGAUGGACUCUGUGACUGCAAAAACCUCUACUCCUCUCGUCAGCGUCAAGACUUUCAAGAGACUUUGGCGUAGAAGCAAGUCUGCGUCAGUGUCGGCUCAGCAACCUCCCACGCCAAAUCGAACUUCGUUCCAGGGAUUUGUACCGCCUUCUUCAUCGUUGCAUGAUCAACUCGGGCCGCCCCCACCGCUGCAAAAAGGAUUGCCUCCUGUGCCCGCAACAGCUAUGCCACGAACACCCACACGACCAUCGUCUCCAACAACUCCUUCGUCGGAAAAGACCAGCGUUCGUAAAUCGAUUCUCAAGACCUGGAAAUCAGUAUCAGGCUCCACAGCCUCUUCCAGUGCUCCUUCAGAACCAAGGCGAGAUACUGAAAGACCUGUGUCUAACGAGACCAUAAAGCCUCGGAGGCCGAGCGUCUUGGAUGCUGGGAUACCCCCAACCCCGAAACUUGCUGAGCAAUAUCUGCCUUCAAAUCACGCCCGAACGGGCAGUGGUAUUUUUGAGCGAAGAAGGUCUGUUGGACGAUCUAAAAUGGGAGCCUCAUCGAAUCUUUCGACGUCAUUUCAAGACUUUGCCCUCCCAUCUAGGACGCACUCGCGAACAUCGUCGUCCUUACAGCAGACAUCUUCACCUCUACCACCCUCAGGUUCUGUAUCUCCUGCUCCUCCUCGCCAUUCCAAAGUAGAUAGCAGUUUUGAAUCGGCACAGUAUGAGCUAGUGUCCUCCUCGCCCCGCCUAUACCCGAACUUGUCUUAUCCCUAUCAAACACUUGAUCAAGAUUGA